UGCGUAGGCUGUAUUACGUCUGACGUCAGAGCGUCAGCUGGCCGAAUGUUUACAUCCAACAGUGGUGUGUUUCUGGCUGGAUCCUCAACAACAACAAAAGGCUGAACACAAGGAGCUCCAGCUAAAGACAGAGAAUAACCAGGCGGCAUUCCCACGAGUCAACAUGGGUGGAGCUGUAAGUGCCGGUGAGGACAAUGACGACUUGAUUGACAACCUGAAGGAGGCUUACUACAUCCGCUCAGACCUGGUGGAGCGGGCUUUUCGAGCUAUCGACCGGGCUGACUAUUACCUGGAUGAAUACCGGGAUAAUGCUUACAAGGACUUGGCAUGGCGGCAUGGAAAGAUCCACCUGUCUGCUCCGUGUAUCUACUCUGAGGUGAUGGAGGCUCUGGAUCUCCACCCUGGCCUCUCCUUCCUCAACCUCGGCAGUGGGACGGGCUACCUCAGCACCAUGGUCGGCCUCAUAUUGGGACCAUUUGGAGUGAAUCAUGGAAUAGAGUUGCAUCCAGAUGUGAUUGAUUAUGCCUACCAGAAGCUCGAGUCCUUCAUCAAAACCAGCGACAGCUUUGACAAAUUUGAAUUCUGUGAGCCGUCCUUUGUCGUGGGUAACUGCCUGGAGAUUCCUCCAGAGAGCCGUCAGUAUGACAGGGUGUACUGUGGGGCGGGGGUGCAGAAGGAGCACGAGGACUACAUGAAGAACCUGCUCAAGGUGGGGGGCAUCCUGGUGAUGCCUCUUGAGGAAAAGCUGACCAAGAUCACCCGCACAGGAACGAACAGCUGGGAGACCAAAAAGAUCAUUUCUGUGUCCUUCGCUCCUCUGAUGCUGCCUAAACACAGCACAACUCGCAAACCCAAGACUGUCCCACUACCCAAGUAUGAGGUACGGACGUUACAGGAGCUGGCUCGUAUCUGCAUCCGCCACACCCUCAGAGUGACCACAGACGGAGGAGACAGCCAAUCACGCGGCCGAGGUUCCUCGUUCAGCGUAGGCAGGGGUCUGGCAGUGGCCGGGCUCCAUAAGUACGGCCCUCGCUUCAAACGCAGACGCGUCCACCGGCGUCACUGCAACGCCCUCGUCCUGGCCACGCGUCAGGUGGUGGCCAGCAGCGGUAUCGGCCCCGCUCCUCUGGACAGCAACGACAACCAGGGAGGAAUACCGGAGGACGAGGAGGAGGCCGGAGAGAGGGAGGCGAGGCGGCAGAUAAGAGCGAGCAGGAGGGCGGGGAGAGGACCAGGAGGGGUGGUGGAAGAGGAGGAGACGGUGGAAGAGGAAGACGAAGAGGAGGAGCAGGAGGAGGAGGAGGAAAAGGAGACCGGGGAGCUGCUCCGACCCCAGCCGGCCGUGAACGUCCUUAGAGAGAGGAUACUGGGCCUGCCGCUGCCCGAGCCUCUGAAGAUGUACCUGCUGUACUACAGAGAGAAAUGAGCGCGCUGAAGCCACAGCCAGGUCCUGAGUCAGAGCCCAGAGCUGAAAGCAACGGCCCAGCAGAGGCCGAAUAUCUUGUUACAACCCCACCACCACCCGUACAAGGCAGGACAACAUGCCACCUACCUUACUGACCCCCAGCUCCACCGUGGAUCUUUCUCGCUCACCUUGCUCUCAUUUUCUCCAUCAUCCAUUCUCUUUCCCACUCCCUCUUUUUGGCCUUCCCCCACUGUUCUUUACUUGAUUCAUUUCCUGACACUGUAAAGAGUCAAUUCAAUUUGUCCAGUGGAGGGGGAGGGCGGGGGGGCAAUGUUUCAGACAACAAGUCACUGAUGUAAACUUUGUGUCUCCAUUGAGGUGCAAAAAAUAGAUACAGGUACAUAACACAUACACAGUUGGAUCAAUUUGCUCUGCCGCUCUGUAUAUCUGACAUGCCGAUCAAGCCUUGCCCAACAACAGCUUAACAGUUGCCUGAGAAUUCACAGCUUGUAAAAAGGCAACCUAGUGGUGCUGAGAAAGAGAACCAUCAUUGUUUAGUGGCAGAUCAGACAUCACCAGAGUUCAGACACUGUAGCAGCAAGCAGAGAGAAGCUUACCCAUACAUAGACCAGAAGGUAAUAGGAGUGCCCCAGCUUUUUCUAUCCACUAAUUACAGCUGUGCCCCAAGUUAGAGAUCAUACAUUGAUUGUAAAAAGUCGUGUGGAAGCUAGUUUGUCCGCAUAUGGUGGUGUGUAUUCUAAACUAAUGGGGAAGGUGCAGUUUUAGAAAGGAAGACACAAAAGCUCAACUGUUUAUUUGAUGAUUCAAUGAGUUACAGUUUCUCUUUCACUAUAUCAUAUUCAGUGAUAUUGUAGCUACAGCUAGUGACCAAGAUGGUGUGGCGGUUGUGAUUAUUUCCACUGAUUUCCCAAUAAAAGUGGAGCUUUGUUUUGAGCCCUCAGUCCAAGUUAAGUAAUUUAACUUAAAUGAUCUGCGUUUCCAAGGCCAAUGGUUGCUCAUCAUUUCUAGGAGACUAUUUGAUUUAAUAGAAGGUUGAGUUUCCCCCUUUUCUAUGCAUAUAUUUCAUUAUAUGAAUUAAAGUCUAUCUUUGUCUCCUGACUUUGUCAUAUGGAGAUGAAACUGACCUAAAUCCAUACAUGUGUAUCCAAAGGGCAGUCUCAGUGUUUCUCUCUACAUCCCAUUAUAUAUUCUCUUAACCAAAAGAGAAUGACCAUAAAAAGAUCACAUACUUACUAAUAUUCCAAUUUGCAUAAAUAAACCAGCAUGAUAAAAACACAUUAACUAAUGUUUUUGAUGAUUGACAGUGUGCAAGUUUUCUUUCACCGUGCUGUCAUGUUUUGUUUCUUUUUAUGGUCUUGUAAUAUUUUGAUUUUUGAAUUGUAUGAGACUUGAAGUGGUGUGUACAUAUGAAAUUGUAUGUUUUGUGAAUCAUAAAAAAAACCAUGAAGAUACUUUGAUAAGUAGAAGAAGUGUCUUUUAUCACACUUUUCUGUUGUAGUUAGUUAGGUGGAGCAUUUUUUCCUUUGUACUUUUGGCUUUUGUACCAAACUUUCUGCUCCCCUCUGUGCCAAACUUGCGUUGCAUGGACUAAAUUGUUGAGAGGAAACAGUAGAUCAUCAGCAAGUCACGUAUCUGAAGAAAAACAAUUUGUUGAUUUUUUUUUUUUCAUUUAAAAAAAAAAUGCUCCACUACCACUGAAAUGGCAUUCGUGGUUGUUUAUGUAUUAGUUAGCGUGUAAAGCUUUAGAUUUCUCCCAUUGGAAAGUUUGUAUCUGAAGAAUGUCUGUGAUGAAUAGCAAAGUGAUCUUUGCACAAGGCAAUACAUACACACCCUCCAUCAGUAAAUACACUUAAUUAGAUACAAUAUGGAUGUGAUCACAAUAAUAGGAGGAAUUUGAAUAUGUGCAGCUCAUAUUGGUAAUCUAUUCAACACUGAAUGGGAGGAUUGCGUCCAAAAAGCAGGUCCUUAUCAGGCCAGGUGACUCCCAUCCCUUCUGAGUGUAAUGUCAUGCAUCACUGUUAGGCCAAUCUACCAUUUCUACUGCUGCUGGAUCUGCCUUUGAGUACUGUAUGUACACCAUUCCUUUACUCAACAUGAGCUCCAUUCAUGUUUGGUUGUCGUGCAUUUGUGAUUCUCUGCUGAAUGUAUAUGAUCAUGAUGGGUUUUUUGGGGGAGGGGAGGGGAGGGUUUCUUUUGCACUUAAUAUUAAGUUUUAGUGAGAAUGAAUUUGCUUGUUUUUAAAAUUGAGCUGUAUUAUUAACUGCUGUUAAUAAAGUCCAUUAAACAAGA